UGCCUUACCUUCUGCACGAGUGACUUUUGCAGUCAUAGUAUUUUUGUAAUUUUCUCUCACGAAUUUAUUUAAUGCUUAGUCAUGUGACUCCAUGGGAAUAAACAUUGUUUUACGUUCCGUAAAGAACCGUCGUUUUUCGGGAUCUUUCGUCACAAUGUAACGUUUGUACAUGCGUAGACUUUACAUCCGGUUUUGAUUCAGAAAGGGCAGAAAAGAGAUUAUUUAGUAAACAAAAUAGCUUAUAUAUGGCAAAUAACCGAAGUCAGAGACAUUUUUAAAGAUUGUGCUACUUUACAAUGGAACGAGAAGAAGGUGACCAUAGUGAUCUUUCUCCAGAUAAUUGGCUAAAUAGCUUCGAAGAGGAGUGUAUUGAAGAACUCCACAAUGAAGCCAAUAUGGAGGAAGCUCUUGAAACUCAACGAGAGCUUGCUGAACAGAAAUUAUGGUUGCAGUUUCAGAAUUCCGCGACAGCCAUUGCUCAGUUGUACAAAGAUCGUCAUCAAGGUUUGUCUUUGUGGGUCCCAUUUCAGAAUGCUGCAUCAAAUGUUACCAGUUUGUAUAAAGAUGGAGUAGAUUCACUGCAUAGUUGUGUGGACUUGGGUAUACAAAAAGGCAAACAGCACAGAAACAGAGACAUUGUGGCAUGGGUGAAAAAGAAACGUCGAAAUAUUCGUAGAGAAGAUCUGUUAGCUUUCUUGUGUGGCAAAAAUCCCCCUGCCAGAAAUAGACAUACAUCCUCCAUGGUGAGGCAGUCAUCACGACUGUCAGUAGAGAGGACUCAUUCACCAAGGUUACAGGGAACCGAAAGUCUGUCUUCAGGAACGGAACCUGACCUUCAGGCAUUUCGAGAAGCCAUUGCACUGCAAGGUCUUAAUGGUGCAAUGUCUAACAUUACUAUGGGCCUCAGCAUGUCACAAGGUGCUACGGCCUCUUCCCAAAUUGGAGCCUUACCCAGGAGUAGUGGAAAUAUGGAGGAUCUAAACAGAUUUAUUUUAGAUGAAUUUUCUCGUAAUUAUGACUCUACAAGAAAGAGAACCUCAUCACCUGAUAACACACUUAUUGAUUCACCAUCCAGGAAAAAAAGUCGACUGUUUUAAUGUAGAUGUUAUAAAAAAAUUUCAAAUCAGUUCUCUGUAGAUGCCAGAUUAGCUUAUGUUAAAGAAUCCAAGCUGAAUGUGAUACUUACUAGUAAAUUCCAUCUUUAAAUCAACACCAAAAGUUUAUUUACACACAGUGUAUUUGAAAUACUCGAUAUUUCACCUCUGUAUCAAGAAAUUUCCACAAGGAAAUGAUUAAAGUGCUGCCAAUUUUUCUAUUCUUUCAUUAUUUCCAACCACACUGGUAUGUUGACAAAAAUUUACUUCAAUUUGAUAUUAAAUGAAAAUUGUAGAAGUAAUGGAGACACACAUUACUUGAAACGUUAGUUGCAAUUUAUUUGAGUUUGAGGUUCAUGUUACUUUGAACUAAGUUCAAUUGGACUUCAACAUAUGAUGUAUUAUGCUAAUAAGAAAACUACACACUAGAGAUGGGUGUGCUUUAAUACCAGUUCUAUGUGCAUCAGUAGAAUAGUGCAGACGUGAGCAAUUUUCUUCAGCUUCAGACAAACCUAGUGAAUGAAUAAGUAGAAACGGUACAAGAUGUAGUCUCUGGAUACAGGUAUUUAAUAUGGAAUUUUGAGGACAUUCAUGAUUCUAGUUUUGUAUUUGAAAUCAGUUCAGUGAAUUCAAAAAAUCAAAAAAUACUGAUGUACACACAUUGUAAUUUGAAACUUGCUACAUGUUAUUUACAAAUGCUUGUUAAAAUUACAAAUAUAGUUGAAAGGACCUCCCCACUUUAGCUGUAGCUUGUGGUCCCUUUUUACCAUUUCCUCUUUUCAAAGAAAAAUUGAUUUAUCUAUUAUACUUACUGGUAAAUAUUAAACACUGAUGUAUCUUAAGUAAGUGCACUGUCCUUUUCCCCAUAGAUAUUGGAAUAUAGUGGUAGAAAACUAAGUUUUAAUUGUCACCCUCAGCCAGAAAACUACAGAAUUCCAACCCGAGGUCAAUACAAUGCAGGUAAAUGAGGUAGAAAGAAAACAUUGAUUUGUAGAUUUUUAUUGUAUUUAUUUUUAUGAAUUUCAUCAACAGCACAAGAUUUUCUUAUUACAAAUAUGACUUAUAAUAGAAAAGGGAAAUCUGGACAACCUUGUGCUUGAUAUAAACAAAGCUUUAAAUAAAAACCGAUCAUUCGAUGAAUUUCAAGAGAUUUAACAAAAACAGACAAACAUGAUUUCAAAAACAGUAUAGCUCUUAACGUUAAUGAACUUUUCAGUAAAGGUAUUAUGAACAUCUUGGGGCAUUGUAAAUUGCAUGAUUCAAACUUUGAUGUUUUACUAAAUCAUUGGAAGCUGUAGGUCACAGCUAAAGUGGGGGAGGUCCUUUGUAGAACUUGCAAAAUUUACAAAUAAACACUUUCAUUUACAUCAGUUUUUCUAAAAUGAAAUUGUUCUCUAAUAGAUUAAAUAUUGUCUACCUUAUUCAAAUAUGGGUAGAUGAAUAGAUACACAAUAAUAAAUGCUAAAAAGUUUUUCAAUGAAUAAAAGAGGACCAGCUUCUUGUAUUUCCGUAUUCAUUGCUAGUAGCAUUUUGUAACCUUUGUGACUUCAAAUUGUAAUCAUCCCAAAAAUGUUUGUCUAGAUAAAGUGAGUUGUGACCCCAAGAGUUUUGUUUUACCAACUUGUAAAGAAAAGCAUGUUUUGUUAGUUAACAACGCAGAAAGAUAUAAGUGUAUAUCAGUUGUUUUCUUCCUCCAUUCAGCCAAAUUUAACACAUCUUUUGCUCUUUGUAUCCCCAUUUAUCCAUAAACAAGUUGUGUAACCUUGUAGAGUAGCUUAUAUUUUUAAAAGAAAAUAAGACAACAUUUAUAUAGCUAAACCUGAAGUUAUUUAUCUUUGGUUCUUGUUCUUGCUAUUUGCAUAAUAUUAUAUGUUGAAGAAUCCAAGUACUGAGUUAAAAAAUCUGGUUUUGUCAUGAACUCUGCAUAGAUGUCAUAAAGUUUAAAUACCCCAAUUCAACAGCUAACACUAUUGUAAUAUAUAGGUACUGGUACUUUUGUUGUUCACUUUGAAAUUAUCUUCAUAACCAGAGAACUCGACAACUCGCAUCCUGUAAACAGACUUGUAUGUUGUAAUCAUGUUUUGGCACUUUGCACUUGUCCUCUUGCGCUGAUUUAUGUAAAGAGGCAAAUGUGUUAUGCAUAUAUGUGCAAUUAUUAUUCCAAAAUAAGAUCAUUUACAGUUGUACAACAUACAUUAUGUUAAUGUUGGAAGAUGCACUAAAUUUUGAUGGUACGUGUACUGAUAUAAUUACGUUUACUGUGUAUACCCCCAGUACGUCGCACAAAGUUUUUAGCUAUACAUAUAUUGGCAGAAUGAUUUCUUCAUAAUAUCAAAGUAAAGUUGAAUGACAAUACUUGUUACUUUUAAGAAUAUAGAUAUAUCCCUUUUGAGUUUUAAAAUGGAAUAAUGUAAGGGUGAGUUUGGUGCAAUUUUACUCAUUUCGUUUUGAUUGAUUAUUGAUUGACAUUAGUUUGCAGUUGUUUUGUGUAAGAAAAAGUAUUUAGAUGUAAUUAUUUAAGCACAUUUCCCCUCGUUAUAUUCAAUAAGCAUGUAUUUUUCUUUGACCUUAACUACUUUACACUCUUGUGUAAUUCUUAUGUUAGUAAGAAAGACGGGAAUGUGACAUUUCUUUCUAUUUGGACAAACACUUGAAAAAAAGAAAUCAGGUUGCCCAAAUAAAAAAAAAAAUGGUAUAAAGAAAAUGAUAUCUUGGAUACCAUUCAGAGUAUUUUUAAUUAGAAAAGAAUUAGUACAUAAAAUCGCCAGUCUUAAAACCAGAUUGUCACUUGGGCAGUCUGUUUUGGGUCCAAAUAAAAGUUAGGUGGAAAUGCCAAGCUGAAAAGUGCUAGUAUCGGGCCCUAGAGGCAAUAAGUAUUGUAUGGAUGACUAAGUUUGUUUUCUCAGUGUUCAGUUAUAUAUAAAAAUAUAUUCAUUUCUGUAUACCUGCAGUUCAUAUUAACAUUAUUACCUUUAUUUGACAUUUGUGUGAGAGAUCGCACAUUUCAUGAGAUAGAUAUGGUUAUUGUAUUUUUUUUGGUGGGCAUUAUUUCUUUGAGUGUAUGAUUUACACAUCUCAAACGAAUUUAAAGAAGUGAUUAUCAUAUUCUAUAGGUCUGAUAUGUUUAUCACAUUUUUAACUUCAGCUUACCAUUGGUAAAUCUGUGGUGCAUCAAGUCAUUAUCAUAUUGUUUAAUGUUCAUUAUCUUUGAAGGUUGAAUUGUUGUUAAAAAGAUGUUUGACACAAGAUAUGAUAAUUGAAAUAGAGUCAGGCAUAUCUUGCUCAGUUUUAUUUUUGAAUACAUACAUGUAGGUACUGCAAAUAGAUAUUUAGAAAUAAUUACUUCAAAAGAUACAUAUAUGCACCGGGUAGUAAGCAUAAGGUUAAUGUUUCAUUAAUCAGUAGUAAUGCUUUUAUAAUUAUCAAUUCUCAACCCCCACCCCUGAUUACAUAGUCCACAUAUGACAGUGUUAAUUGGAGAUCUAGAACAGUCUUUUUAUAAGAUGUUGGCCUAAUCUGCCAUUGUUUGAACCCAACUCAAAUGUUUUGAAUGCCUUUUCUUGUUGCUGUACAUAAUAAGGGUUUAAAGCACUUGUCAUUUUAGACUAUAUAUGUAUUUUAAAUGUGCAUAUCUAGGAGUGCACAAAAAAAAUCUUUGCAAAGCAAACUUUUAAUGAGUAUCAAUUUUGGAAAAUAUUCCAAUACUUUUUAGAUCACCUGAGUCACUCAGGUGAGCUAUUGGUCUGUGUCCGUCGUUGUCCGUCAUAUGUUAACAAUUGUACAUUUUUAAAUAUCUUCCUUUAUAAGUACCACUCAAGUUCGUUUCAUAUUUGGUAUGAAGCAUCUUUGGGAUGAGAAAGAGAGUGUGUGUGUAAAUUUUAGGACUCCUUGCUUUGUCUAAUUUUCAAAAAAUUUCUUCUCUGCAACUGCACAUCUGUAAGAAAAACUAAAUGCAGGAAGGCCUCUACCAAAUUUCAUGAUCCCAUGGAUAGAUGUUCUAAUUCCAGGGCAGGGCCAAACUUGGCGUAAAAUAUUUAUUUUUAAAACAUCUAAAUAACAUCUUAUUUAUUGCUAUUGCUACUAAAUUGAAAGGAAAUAGAUAUUUAGAAGGAGUAGAUAGCCCUUUAUCAAAAUUAUAAAUUUCAUGAUUCCAAGGGUAGGGGUUUUGGUUCCAUAGUAGAUCGAAAAUUUUCUUGGUGAUUAUCAUCUUUCUCAUUUGAAAGGCCUUUUUUCUGUAAUGUUACUGAUACUGUAUAGAAACUAAAUGCAUAGUUAAAACUAAAUGCAUGUGAAGGAAAAGCAGAAAGGAAUGCACUAAAAUUGUGAAUUUUGCAACCCCAGGGUUCUGACUAUAGGGUGGAUCCAAAAUAGUCAUAUUGUGUUAAUGUAACAUAUUAAAAUAUGAUGUCUUUCAUCACUAUUGGGUUGUUGGGGGACAGUUUGUGUAGAACACAUCUUGUUUUAACGGCUGCUAAAUAUUGGAAUUUAGCUUAGACAUGCAGAACAGGAAAAUUAUUAUAGAUCGCCUUGCGGCUAUUGAUAGUUUUAACUAAUACUCAGGUGACCAAUAAGGCCUGUGGGCUUUUUGUUCCAAAAGGGCACAAAAUAUGUUGAAGAAACCUGUAAAGGGAAUAAUUUUGGGGAAAAUUCCAAUAAUUUUGCAUGCUGAUAACUACAUACAUUGUAGGUACAUAUAUAUGUAUACAUACCACGUACAUGUUUUAUAGAUGUCUCUAGUUGACGUGAAGUGCAGGUCAGAAGAAGACUUUCAUAAUUUGUUGAUAAUAUGGUAGUGUAGAUUAGUUUUCAAUAAUAGUUGCUAAACUUGAAUUAUUUUAUUCCCAAGGAUUAAUUUAUAUUCAAUAAUAUCGAUAUUUAUUUUUGUAUAAUAUUGAUAUAAAUGCACAGAAAGUUCUGUUAAAACUUAACAAAAGAGUCUCAUGGACAUAAUGUUCUAUAGAAUAUUUAUGCUUUAUUUUGAAAUGUCAUGUCAGUUGCAUUUUGAAUAGAUUUCUUGUGGUUAUAGGGAGAGAGGAAAAAAAUUGCAAACAGGCUCUUGUUUUCUGCUCUGUAUAGAUAGUGUGUCUGUAGAUGUUGUAUGAAAAUUUAAAAUUCAAAAAAGUUAUUUCCCUUGUAUCCCUUGGAAAUGUUUAUUGCCCUAAUGACAGAUGAAGCUUAAGGAAAUGUUUAUGACAUAACUUUUAUAAAUAAGGUUUAUAGAGAGCAAAUGUGUCUGUUGCCAUGUGAGUGUUAUUCUAUUGUUAAGGGCUUUCAGAUUUGUGUCAUGGAAGAAUGAAAAAAGAAACUUCAAAGGUUGAUCUUUACCAACUUUGUGAGUAAAAAGUGUUGACUGCUUUUUGCAUUAAAAUUGUUUAUCACAAGA